AUGCUACGCAUCGUUAUACUGUGCUUGGCGUUGUUCAGGUCGCCGCCGGCCGCCAUUGCAGCUCCCGUGAUGAUGGGCACCGACAGACUAACUGACGACCGGUACUUUCGAUUCUGGCCGCAGCGAUCGUCACCUCCCGCCAAAGUUGCCACUUCCACGCUGAUGACCAAUGAUGGACCGACCAAAAAACAGGACUUUCAGCUCUCUUCGCAGCGAUCAACGCCACCCGCCACAGUUACCACUGCCACAAAGAUGACCAAUGAUGGACAGACCAAAAAUCAGAACUUUCAGCUCUGGCCGCAGCGAUCGUCGCCGCCUGCCGCAGUUGAUGCUUCCACGCUGAUUACCACCUACGGCCCAGCCAAAAACCAGGACUUUCAGCUCUCUCCGCAGCGAUCAUCGCCAUCAGCCAUAGUUACCUCUGCCACAAAGAUGACCAAAGAUGGACCGACCAAAAAACAGAACUUUCAGCUCUGGCCGACGCGAUCGUCGCCGCCCGCCAUGGUUACAGCUGUCACGCUGAUGACCAAUGAUGGACCGGCCAAGAAUAAAAACUUUCAACUCUGGCCUCAGAGAUCGUCACCGCCUGCCACCGUUGCCGCUCUUAAGAUGAUGGUCACCGACGGGCCGAUUGAGAACUUUCGGCCCUCGUCGCUACACAACUGUCACUGUGGCCACCGCGCCGAGGUGACCACGUCAGACCCGGCCGUAGACCAAGACCUAACCAGAGGCCAUUACCAUGUGCACUCGACCGAGGUCACGAAGCCGGACCCAGCCACGGUUUACACCAGGGCUAAUUGUCACCACGACUUUGCGACCGCGGUCACUGAUGCUGAACGUUGUCGCUGCCCACACCACCAUUAUCAACCACAGGAGAGUGCGCCAAACAGUACGCCGUCACCUGCUGUGUACAAUAUUGUAACGGAAGAAAUUCCAACGAACAACCAGAAUUACGACGAAUCUGAAAAAGACUACGUCGACGAUGACUACUACUCUCUGAACAAUUUCGUACUGACUAUUUCGUUGAUGAUGUUUGUGUUGUUGUAUCCGAGCUGUUAUAUGUAUAGUAAUCGGAGGCCAAAAACCAAUUCGUUUUACUUGCAAACGAAUACAUGCGGCUGUAAAGCAAAAUAUAUUCGCUGUUCUAAAUAG